AUGACGAUGGAAACUACCAUCCCCAAGCACCACCCCGAGCCAACGGCAGAAGCCCACGAAGAUGAUGAUGCUUCGUUUGAGAUGACCAGUCGGAGCGUCGACGACAAGUUUUCCAUUCCGGGGCACAUUUCCGUGUCUUCUGGUAUGACCGGAGUGGAGAGUCUGGAGCCGGAAGACGAAGUGCGGAAUGUGGAGAACUUGACCAAGGGUGAUACGCGUCUCAUUCAGUUCUGGCGGUUCGUGGUGGUGGCGUGCAUGGCACUUGCCGGUGUGGCCGUCUCGGUGGGCGCCUACACGUACAUUUCCGAGUUGGAGAAACAGGACGGUCAGAAUGCCUUUAUCCUCUUUUCCAAUACCAUUACCGACAUUUCCAAGUUCCACUUCAAGAACAUGUUCGAGGCGUCUCGUGCCAUGUCCCGAGAGCUCACGGCCGAAGCACUGUUGCUCAAUAAGACAUUCCCCUUUGUCACCUUUCCCAACUACGAAGUAUUCGCCAAGCAAGCCCGGGACAAUGCCGGACUCGAAGUGCUGUCGUAUGCACCCGUUGUCACUUUGCAGCAGUCGGAAGAGUUUGUCAAGUUUGCCGUGGACAAUCAAGAGUGGAUUACACAGCAACGCAUCAUGGGCAUGGCGCUCGAUAAGGAUCUACACUUUGAAAACGUAUCCAACACACAGUUUCAUCCAGAGAUCUACGAUGUCAAUCCUUUGGCGGGAGAGACAUUUGGUUCGGUCGGAGAUGGUCCCUUUACUCCUCUCAUGAUGACUUCCCCACCUCCCCAGUCUCUGAUCUACCAACUGUACAACUUUGCCUCUGAUCCAGAAUACGAAACCAUCUACGGUCUUCAGGAAGACUAUCGUGACACCAUGUUUGGCAACACCAACUUUUUCCUUUGGACUGUGGUAGACUUCAUCACUGGGGUGGAAAAGCAUCAAGAGCUUCAUGAUAAGCGACACAAACAGAUUGGCGAUGAAGAGGGGGUCAAUGUCAUUCAGCCUCAUGGGUCUCUAGUCCAACCCGUAUACCGCACGCUAGAUCAUGACGAUCCCAACAAUGAGAUUGUGGGCUAUCUCAUGGGCAUCAUGGCAUGGGAUGCCUAUCUCAUUGACCUCCUUCCCGAAGGCAUCAGUGGCGUCUAUGUCGUCGUCGAGAACACGUGUGGUCAUCAGUUCACCUACCGACUCAAUGGGAAUCAGGCCAUGUAUCUGGGUGAAGGCGAUCUCCACGAAAAGGGAACCAUUGUCGAUGGCCAACGCCGGUACAUUGAUUUUGAUGAAAACUACCUCGAUCCAACCGUUCUGACCACCGUCCCAGGCCACUGUAUCUUCUCCUACCGCAUCUAUCCUUCCGACGAAUUCUAUUCCAACUACAUGACCAACCUACCCACUCAAGUGGCCAUUGCCUCUGCCGCCAUUUUCUUCAUCAUGGCAGUUACCUUUUUUGUUCUCCUUCACUUUGUCGAAAAGCGUCAUCACAAGAUUGUCGGGGAAGCUGCCAUUUCCAAUGCCAUUGUAUCGUCACUCUUUCCUUCCAGUGUCCGAAAGCGCCUCUUUAACGAUCGGGGAGCACUUCUUCCCGACGAACAGAAAAAGGAAGCGGGACGAUCGGCGCUCCGCAGCUUCUUGACGGGAGAGGACGAGGACGAUGGUGUCGUUCUCAAAAAGGCACCCAUUGCCGAUCUAUUCCCAAGCUGCACUAUCUUUUUCGCGGACCUUGUGGGCUUUACCAGUUGGUCUUCCAAAAGGCAGCCUGCUGAAGUGUUCGUGCUGUUGGAAACUUUGUAUCGAGCCUUUGAUGCCAUCGCCCAUAGCAUGGGGGUCUUCAAAGUGGAGACGAUUGGUGAUUGUUACGUUGCAGUUUGUGGUCUCCCAACUCCUCGCAGGAAUCAUGCUCUCGUGAUGGCCAAGUUCUCUCGCGCCUGCUUGGCCAAAAUGAAGUUUCUGUUGCCCAAGCUUGCAUAUCUGGGAGAGGACACCCUCGGGCUUGCCAUGCGAGUUGGAUUGCAUUCGGGUCCCGUGACUGCGGGUGUAUUGCGAGGAGAACGAUCUCGUUUCCAGCUUUUUGGAGAUUCCGUCAAUACGGCUGCUAGAAUGGAAUCAAACGGAAAGAGCGGGAGGGUGCACGUCUCCGAAAAGACCGCCUUUGAGCUGAAAAGGGGAGGCAAGGGUAGCUGGAUCGUUCCGCGGUCCGACAAGAUCGAGGCCAAAGGCAAAGGACUGAUGCAGACAUACUGGUUGGCCUUUAACGGCGAGACUGAUUUCUCGGGUGCAUUUGGGCUAGAUUGCGAUGGUACCCUUGCUUCGGAUGCGGAAGAAGAAGGAGACGACAAUGUGAGCUAUUUGGACGAACCAUCGCAGAAAGAACACGCCCCAGGUCUCCUCACCCUGAAGAACGGGCAGCCUGAGUUCACCGACAUGGUUGACGUGUAA